AUGAAAAUCACCAGCAAAGCACUGCAGCUUUACUCCAUCGCCAGGUCUCGCACGAACAACCUGCCCGUCUACACCGAGUACAAACGCGGCAAUCAAAUUUCAACCAUUAUCAGAAAAGUAGAGGGUGAUGGCAAGUCCCUCAAGCAGGACAUACUCACAGAUAUCCCGUAUCUGGACAUCAAGCUCAAGCUCCCAAAGAACCAGCUGUACAUAAACGGCGACCACUCACGGCAACUCAGACAGUGGCUUGAGAGCAGGCACUUUUAA